CAGGCCCCUAAUGACAAUUAUUUUCGUGCUAGUGGUAAUAAUAGUGGUGAUACUGAUGGUGAUAACAGUGAUAAUAAUCGUAAUAAUGCAAAGAAAACGCGACUGAAUAAAUGCCUUUCUAGAAGCGUCGAUCGCUCGGAAGAUGUCACCGAUAAGGAUUACGAGAACAACCGCGAAUGGCAAAAGCCAUGCACGAGUGGAGCUGCUGGUGCAGGCGGCGGUCAAACCGCAAGAGUACGUUGCCAUUUUUCAUGGUGUUGA